AUGAACAUCUGCGGAUAUUAAAUGGCUUAACAGCGGAACGAAAACAACAAUUUAAGAUCAAGAUAAGAUCUGUACACUGUUGGAUAUUUGGAUAAACCAGGUAUCAGCCAUCUCUGCAAAUAAUAGUGCACCAUGGCCACCGCCUGUCAGCUGCCCAAGGACCAGUUCCUCUGCUCCAUCUGCCUGGAUGUGUUCACAGAGCCCGUCACUUUACCUUGUGGUCACAACUUCUGCUGGAGCUGCAUCGAUCGGCGCUGGUGUGUUAAUACCAAGUGCAUGUGCCCUUCAUGUAAAAAAAUCUUUUUCUACAGACCAGAGCUAAAAGUUAAUACUUUUAUAGCUAAGAUGGCUGCUCAUUUUCAACAAUCGGAAUACAAUUCCAUCUGGAGGUCAGGGAGGUUGGUUAAGAAGCAGAUAUCAAUGAAAGAGCCUGCUGAGCCACAGGCAUCAGAGAAAGAGGCUGCUGAGGAGCAGGUACUGGAGGAAGAGAUCGCUAAACCAGGAGAAGUGUCCUGUGACAUGUGCCCUGAGCCCAAACGCAAAGCUGUAAAGUCCUGCCUGAUGUGUUUGUGCUCGUACUGUGAGUCUCACCUGGAGCCUCACCUGAAGAUGGGUGCUCUGAGGAGGCACCAGCUCACAGAGCCUCAGGGAAAUCUGGAGGACAGAGUGUGUGCUAUACACAACAAACCUCUGGAGCUGUUCUGUAGCAGCGAGCACAUCUGUGUGUGUGUGCUGUGUGUGUACUCAGAGCACAAGGGUCAUGAGGUUGUCCCCCUGAACGAGGCAUUUGAACAGCAGAAAAUACUAAUGCAGAAGGCUGAGGACCACAUCCAGGAGGACAUUGACAGGAGAAUGAAGAAGAUCGCUGAGCUGCGCAGCUCUGUGGGGGUCAGUCAAGCUGCUGCAGACAGAGAAAUAUCUGAGGGAGUCAAAGCAUUUACAGCUCUGAAGGAGACUGCGGAGAGAGGCCAGGACCUCCUCAUCUCUGAGAUCAGCAAGAAGAAGACAGACACAAAAGACCAGGCAGAAGGUCUCAUCCAAGAGUUAGAGCAGGAGAUCUGUGAGCUGAAGAAGAGAAGAGCUGAGCUGCAGCAGCAGCUCUCUCAGUCUGAAGACCCUUUCUUCCUUCUCCAGACCUCCUCAGUACCAAGCCCCCUGACACCAACCAGAGACUGGACAAGUGUCACUGUCUGUGCCCCAACAUAUGAAGGUGCUGUGGCCAGAGCACUGAGUCAGCUGGAGCAGGACUUCAAUGAGAAGACCAGGAUGCUGUAUAAGAAAGAUCUGAACAGAGUCAAAACACAGAAAGUAGAUCUCACCAUGGAUACAGAGUCAGCUCCAACUAGAGUCCAACAAACAGAAGAUCAGAGAAAUAUCCCAGAAAGCCCCAAGAUUGUGGGUCUCUCUGAGAGUUUUUAUUUUGAGGCUGAGGUCAAAGGGAAGACUGAGUGGACUUUAGGAGUGGCGGAAGAGUCCGUCAACAGGAAAGCGCCACUCACACUGAACCCACAAAAUGGCUUCUGGACCAUAACUUUAAAGGAUGGAGCUUAUUAUGUUUCUGACAAUCCUAAAAUCUCUGUCUUUACAAAGUGCAGGCCUGAGAAAGUGGGUGUGUUUGUUGAUUCUAAAGAGGGAGUUGUCUCUUUCUAUGAUGUAGAAGCUGCAGCUCUGCUCUACUCCUUCACUGGUGUCACCUUUAAGGAGAGCCUGCGCCCUUUUUACAGUCCUGGUCAUCUGUGGGAUAGUUCUUCUCCAGUGGUCUAUGGUACUACUGACGACUCUAAAGGUGUCUUAUUAGAUGACCUUGUGGAGAAGCUUCAACAGCGCUUUUACACAGAACUUGACAAAAAACACAUAAACUUGGAUUCCCAAAACCACACUCUGUUUGAAGGGAUCCUAACGGAGUUUAGGCAGAUGAUGAUGGAAACUGAUUUGAGAUAUUGAUUAGAGCUGUACGCCAUUAGUCGACUAGUCCAUUAAUUGCAGAUGAUGUCUUAGCUGAUCAAACUUUUUACUUCUUACUUCAUUAGGGUUAUAAUGAAGGGUUUAGUUGGACCAUGGGAAAAAGCAAAAUGCAUGGACUUUGCUUGAGUUUUGAGGGAGACUGGACGGUUUAAUCUGCCUUUUCACUUAUGAUGAUGCUAUUUACUAGUAUUUCUCUGUAUACUUAGUAGUUUUUGUGCAAGAUCCUAAUGUGAGCAUUUGUUGUGGAAGAAAAUGGACAAAUCAGUAUUGUUUAACUUAAGGGUUUUACUUGCAUGACACAAAGAUAACAUAUUUUUAAA